AUGGAUCGCGCGGGCGCAAGCGCCUGGGCGCCAGGCCCGGGGGCCUCCGGGCGCAUCGCGGCCCGCCUGGAGGGCAGCGGGCUCGAGCUCGCCUGGACGGAGGAGCGCGGCAGGGUGCUGAAGGCCGACCGAGACUUCCCGAUGGGCGCCGUGGUGCUCUCGGAGCAGCCGCUCCUCGGCGCCCGGCUGCUGCCGAGCUGCCCCGCCUGUGCGUGGCUGGCGGGGCUGGAGGGCCAGGGGCUCCUGGAGUGCCCGGUGCUCUCUUCGUCUUGGGUCUGA